AUGCUUAUUCUGGCACUGUUGGCUUUAUUAAGCGGCAUUGAAAUUGUCACGAAACACUUGAAAAAAGGUGUUGAACUUUUUGAGCUCCUCUACAAUUUGUUGGUUUUUACGAGCAUGAUAAUGAGUAUCGUUUCCGUUUGGUUCUCCGCUCGUUCUGGUCAUCGUUUCAAUGGUUUAAUAAUCUCGUUCUCAAUUGGAGCAUUACUUUUUGAGGGAUCGUUUUUAAUGCAACUUCUUCUCAAGAAUGGCUACAAAUUCCCAUUUUGGAGCACAAUUCGAGUGCUACUCUUGACAAUUCUCAAUAUUUCAUCCUUUCAACAAGAUCAACACGAUGAGAACAAUAAAGCUUGUCCAAUCGACUCAGCCGGUUUCUAUUCAAUUCUUUUCAUCUCAUGGUUCACAAAACAAAUCUCCAUUGGGAAUAAAAAGUCUCUCAAAAUGGAAGAUCUCUUCAAUUUACCGAUAAACGCAAAAUCGGAAUUUUUAAGAAAACAAUGGAGAGAAGCUUGGGAAAUUGAGAAGAAAAAUAAACCAAAAAACCCGUCAAUAAUUUGGGCAAUUCAUCGAUGUCAUGGUUGGCACAUCUUCUUCAUAUCAUUGCUGCAAUUGGCGAGUGAUGUGGCAAGGAAUCUGACGAAUCCACUCUUGCUCAAAUGGUUGCUUUCAUCGAUUCACUCUCCAUCAACUCCACUCUCGUUCUCAUUUCUUUGUGCAAUUGGGCUCUUUCUUGGAUCAGAGAUGAAAUCAUUGCUUAGUGGUUAUUAUAAUCAUGGAAUGCUGAAAAUCGCGAUCUAUAUUCAGUCAAUAUUUCAGAAUGCGAUUUUUGAAAAGUCUCUAAAACUCAAUGCUGAGGCUCGUGGCAAGUAUGAUGUAGGAUAUUUGGUGAAUCUAAUGGCCGUUGAUGUGGAAAGAAUUUGCUCGUUCAUCCCGUUUGCCACCGAAUUAGUCACAAUUCCAGUUCAGCUUCUCUUCUCGAUGAUGUUCCUUACGUGGUCUCUCGGUAUCUCUGCUCUUGGUGGCCUAUUUGUAAUCAUUUCUGUGAUCAUCUUCAACAUUCUCUCAUCUCGAUUGAUUAAACGAUUUCAAGCAAAACAGAUGCAAUUGAAAGAUGAAAGGACAAAGAUGUGCAAUGAGGUUCUCAACGGGGUGAAACUCAUCAAAUUAUACGCGUGGGAGGAGGCUUUUGAGAGGAAAAUUCACGAGCUUCGAACAAAAGAGGUGAAAAUGAUCAAAAAAAUCAAUUUGAUUGGUCGUUCUGUUGAUGUGAUCAAUGAAGCAUCUGCAUUUUUGGUAGCUUUUGUCGUUUUUGGAUUAGUUGUACUUAACACAAAUGGAGAGAAUUUGACACCAGAAAUUUGUUUAUUGAUAAUUGACAAAAAAAAACAAUUCAAUUUAUUCAACUCUUUUUCGGUGGUUUUCGUGGCGCUUGCCGUCUUCGCUCAAUUGCGUCGACCGAUGCGUGUUUUAGCUCAAACUUUGCUACAUCUUGUUCAGGCUAAAGUUUCGCAAGCUCGUGUCGAGAGUUUUUUAAUGGAAAACGAGAUUUUGAUAAAGAAAGGAGAGGAAAUUUGGACAAAAAAUGAAGCAAUUAAAAUUGAAAAGGGAUCAUUUAAAUGGAGCGAAUUGAAUGGGAAAAUUUGUUUGUCAGAGUUGAAUUUCGUGGUGAAACGGGGAGAACUUGUGGGAAUUGUUGGAGAAGUCGGCGCCGGAAAAAGCAGUUUAUUGGCUGCAAUUUUGGAUGAAAUGAUCCAGAAAACUGGUAAAGUAACAAAAAGCGGUUCUUUAUCUUAUUCCCCACAACAACCAUGGAUUAUUAACACAACAAUUCGAGAGAAUAUUUUAUUGGGAAAGCCAUUCAACCCUGAUCUCUUCAAAAGAAUUAUUCAAGCAACCGAGCUACAAGAGGAUUUAUCUAGAUUUGAGCAUGGAGAAUUGACAGAACUUGGAGAAAACGGUGUUACUCUAUCCGGUGGACAAAAGGCUCGUUUGGGAUUAGCUCGAGCACUCUAUCAGGAUUGUGAGAUUGUUUUGCUUGAUGACAUUCUCUCAGCGGUUGAUGUGCAUAGAGACGAUCAACUUUUCCGAAAGCUUCUUGUUGAGAAUAAACGGGAGAGAAAGGAGAGCUUUUCUGAGAGUUCAGGUCCUCAUGAAAUCUUGACCCCCGAAGACGAUGAUUUCGUUUUCAAGAACGAAACCCAAAACAACGAGAUGAUGCAAAAGGAGAAUUUGGAGACCGGAAGGGUGAAAAACUCGAUCUACCUAGCUUACUUGAGAACUUUAUCUCUAUCGCUUUCAAUUCUCACCAUUUCCUCGCAAAUUCUUGGCAUCGGGAUGGGCAUUUGGAAGAGUUUAUGGUUAGCAAAAUGGACAAGUGAAACAACGAGUGAUCAAACGAUUUCAAGAAAGGAGAUCGUUCAGAGAUUCGUCGGAUUCACUGGAAUCGGAUUGGCUGAAUCCCUCUUCCUCUUGAUCUCAACCCUGGCUUUGAUGAUCGGUUGUGAGCGGGCGUCUCUUCGUCUCCAUUCCCCAUUACUUCACUCAAUCCUUCGCGCUCCGAUGGAGUUCUUUGACACGACACCAAUUGGAAGAAUAUUGAAUCGAUUGUCGAGGGACUUGGAAGUGAUCGACUCGCAACUGCCUAGAACUCUCUCCGAUCUUUCAGCCAAUUUUUCACAACUACUCCUCAGCAUUACGAUGAUGUGCAUUGCCAUUCCUGAGUUUCUCAUUAUCGUCAUUCCAUUUCUGAUCAUUAACUAUUUAAUUUUGCGUUAUUACAUCUCGGCAGCUCGUCAACUUAAACGUCUUGAAGGAAUAAAUCGAUCGCCAAUUUUAGCGAAAUUUCGAGAAACGAUUCAAGGAGCUGCGAGUAUUAGAGCUUACAAAAUGAUUGAUCGCGAAGUGUACGCAUUUUUUCAUCGAAUUGACGAGUUGGCGCGUUGUCGUUUCCUCUCGUACACCUCGAAUCGAUGGCUUGGGUUACGUCUUGAGCUUCUUUGCAACAUCACUGUUCUCGUCGUUUCAAUCUUUGGCUUAAUCAUGUCAAAAUUUGACGCCAUUUCUCCAUCAAUGCUCGGUUUAUGCAUCUCCUAUGCGUUGAAUAUUUCUGAGGUAUUGUAUUUCGGGGUGAGAAUGGUGAGCGAACUGGAGACGCAAACGAUUUCCGUUGAGAGGAUUGAAGAGUACUCGAGACUACCGUCAGAGAAAAGCUGGCGAUUGUCCACUAAACCACCAUCAAAUUGGCCUUCUAAAGGGCAAAUCACGUGGACAGAUUACUCAUUGAGAUACAGAAAAGAACUCCCAUUGAUCAUCAAGCAAAUCACUGCGAAAACGAGCGAAAAUGAAAAAGUGGCGAUUGUCGGAAGAACGGGAUCUGGCAAAAGCUCACUAGCAAUUGGUUUAUAUCGUUUAAUCGAAUCAACUAGUGGAUCUUUGACAAUUGAUGGAGUCGACAUUUCACAGAUUGGACUACACGAUCUUCGAGAGAACCUCACGAUCAUUCCACAGGAAUCAGUGCUCUUCUCUGGCUCAAUUCGUUUCAAUCUUGAUCCUUUUUUUACCCAUGAUGAUGAUCGUUUAUGGCAUGUGUUAGAGGAAUGUCAAUUGAAAACAUUUUUCGCAAAUACUCAAGAGAAACUCGACUUUCAGAUAUUUGAGGGUGGAUUGAAUAUCAGUAUGGGACAAAGGCAAUUGAUCUGUCUUGGAAGAGCUUUGCUUCGAAAAAGCAAGAUUCUCGUUUUGGAUGAGGCCACAGCCUCUUGCGAUCCACACACGGAUGCAAUCGUGCAAUCAAUUAUUCGUCGAAACUUUAAGAACUCCACCAUUUUAGCAAUCGCUCAUCGACUGAAUACUAUUGCAGACUAUGAUCGAAUAAUGGUGCUCGCCAAGGGAGAAAUCGUCGAGUUCGACUCGCCGCAAGUGCUCUUGUCAAAUAAAAACUCUCACUACUCCCAAUUACUUCGACGAAUCAAUCGAAAACUCAAAGUA